GAAUGACACAGCAGUAACCCAGCUGAUGCGGUUUCAGACACCUAUCAAAGCUGUGCUGUCUAUGCUGCCAUGUCUUCUCUUUCUCUAUGUAAACGCCGUCAUGCUGUUUGCCUUGUUGAGCAAGCCUGUCCUCCUGGAGUCCCCCCGAUAUAUCCUGUUUGGUCAUUUACUCAUCGCUGACUCUCUGCAGCUGAUAAUGGUUGUGUUGCUGUACAUCUUUGCUGUGACCAUGGUCAGAAUGAUCAGCUACGUUUGUAUCAUUAUCACACUGUUUGCAGUUUUCACUUUUAAAAUAUCACCCCUCAACCUCGCUGUGAUGUCUUUGGAGAGGUAUGUUGCCAUUUGUUUUCCACUGAGGCAUGCCAAUAUUGUCACCACCAGGCUGACAGGAGUUGCCAUUGCUGUGAUGUGGGCAGUGGCCUCUUUAGACUCGUUCAUACAGCUUUUGGUGCUUUUCAGUCUGGAGAACUCAGGCUACACUGUGUCGGGGUUCUGCCACAGACACUUCUUACAGCUACGCAUUUAUUCAACUAUGAACAAGACCUUCACCAUUGUGUUAUUUGUAUUAGUGAGCAUCAUUAUCAUCUACACAUUCAUUGCCAUCAUGAUCACUGUGAAGUCAGCCUCUUCUACUGCUACUGCCCGUAACGCCCGUAAGGCCUAUAAAACAGUGCUGUUGCAUCUGCUUCAGCUGUUCCUGUGUCUCGCCUCCACUCUGUUUAAUAUGAUAAACUCCAACAGCCUGUGGAACAUGAAUCCUGUUAUGGCACUGCAUAUUCAGUAUGUUCUGUUUUUAGGUGUUAUCAUUUUCCCUAAGUGUUUGAGCCCACUCAUAUAUGGCCUCAGAGAUCACACCUUCAGACAUGUCUUCAAAAACUAUUUCACCUUUGGCUUAAAAAAGACAUUUCCAAUGUCUUGAAUUCAAGUACAGUAAUUGUGUUGUGCUAUUUUUUGCAAGUUUUUUUCUUUGUGUGAUUUACUUUAGUUUAUG